UAUUGCCUUGGAGAAGCGCAGCUAGAGACUAUCCCUGUAGGUCGACACUGUCAGAACUCCUGGUCUCCGGUCAAACAGAACGUCUUUGGCAAUCAUCAUGUCCUCUCCAACCAAAAUCUCGGUCACUUUGACCCAGAUAUCCAAAAUGAUUGACCACUCACUUCUCCAUCCGACCAUGACGGACCAAGAAAUCACGUCCGGCCUGGAGAUUGCGCGCAAAUACAACACGGCCACAGCAUGCGUGAAACCCUAUUCGAUACCGCUCGCCAAAAAGAUGCUCGAAGGCUCGGACGUAGCAGUGUGCCCCGUCAUUGGGUUUCCCGCCGGAAAUUCCACCGUGGAAGUCAAGGUGUUCGAAGCAGAACAGGCGGUCAAAGCAGGUGGUGUGGAGAUCGACAUGGUCGUCAACAUCGGCAAAGUGCUCGGCGGCGACUGGGGGUAUGUGACGGAGGAGAUUCGCGCAGUCAACACGGCGGUCACGGCCUCAGGAAAGGCCAUUCUCAAGGUCAUCUUCGAGAACGAUUAUCUCCAGGACGAACACAUCAUCCGCCUGUGCCAGAUAUGUUCCGAUCUUGACGUGGCUUUUGUCAAGACGUCGACAGGCUACGGCUUCGUCAAGCAGCCUAACGGAAUGUACUCGUACAAGGGCGCCACGGUCCCCCACCUGAAGUUGAUGCGGGAACAUUCCAAGCCAAGCGUCCAGAUCAAAGCAGCCGGUGGUGUACGUACGUUGGAUGAUCUCUUGUAUGUCAUGUCGAUUGGCGUGACGAGGAUAGGAGCUACGGCCACGGUGACUAUCAUUGAGGAGGCGAAGAAACGAGGAAUCGGCGAAACGCCAGUCGAAGUCGAAGUGAAGCCUAUCACGACAAACGGUGCAGCAUACUAGCAUUGCAUCGUCUAUGUUGUAUCUCAUCAACGACUCCGCUAA